GUGUCAUGUUACUUCAGCCGACGCGCAUGCGCGCUGGAGUGACGAUUUCAUGUGCUGCACGUCGUGUCCCGGUGGAGGUCACAGACGCUUGAGCGAAAAACAGUCAAACUAGAUUUUCCACAAUGGCCAAGCUGUUUGAGUCUAUUGGGAAGCUGGGACUGGCGCUGGCCAUUGGUGGAAGUGUUGUGAACUCUGCCCUAUUCAAUGUUGAUGCAGGGCACCAGGCGGUGAUAUUCGACAGGUUCCGGGGCGUGCAGGAAACAGUCGUCGGCGAGGGUACUCACUUCCUCAUCCCAUGGGUGCAGAAGCCCAUCAUUUUUGAUUGCCGUUCCCGUCCACGAAACGUGCCCGUCAUCACAGGAAGCAAAGAUCUGCAGAAUGUCAACAUCACGUUACGAAUCCUCUUCCGGCCGGUGAGCACUCAGCUCCCGCGCAUCUUCACCAGCAUUGGCGAGGACUAUGACGAAAGAGUGCUGCCAUCCAUUACCACAGAGGUGCUGAAGGCUGUCGUGGCUCGUUUUGAUGCCGGCGAGCUCAUCACACAGAGGGAGCUGGUCUCUCGCCAGGUCAGCGAGGACCUCACAGAAAGAGCCUCCACCUUCGGCCUCAUCUUGGAUGACGUUUCAUUGACACACUUGACGUUUGGCAAGGAGUUCACAGAGGCUGUGGAGAUGAAGCAGGUGGCACAGCAGGAGGCAGAGAGGGCCAGAUUCGUUGUGGAGAAGGCGGAACAAUUGAAGCAAGCCGCCAUCAUCUCAGCCGAGGGUGACUCCCAGGCUGCCCUGCUCAUCGCCAAUUCCCUCAUGGAGGCCGGUGAUGGCCUGGUGGAGCUGCGCAAACUGGAAGCGGCUGAGGAUGUCGCCUUCCAGCUCUCUCGCGCGCGGAAUGUCAUUUACCUGCCAUCAGGGCAGGGCACCUUGCUUCAGCUGCCCCAGUGAUGAUGUCCUUAUCUGUGUAAACUAUAUUCAGUCGACUGUGUGAGAGAAUUAUUAGAACUCGCCUUUACAGCUGCUCGUCUUUUGCGUGUGGAUAUGAAGACCAUGUAAAACACCGUAUUCCUCAAGAUAAAUAAAAAUUGUCUUUCUACCGCCCUGUA